AUGUCCACCCCGGCCACCGCGCCAGCCGCCGAGGCCCCCAAGUCCGCCGGCAUGCGCAAGAACGGCAAGAAUUGGCAUGACGCCUCUAAGAAGCCCUUCCGUCUGAACUCCGGUCUGACCUCUUACGCUAAGCGGAAAGAGGCGGCCGACCAGGCGAAGGCUGUUAAGGAGUUGGAGCGUGAGAUGAAGGAUGCGAAGGAGGCUGAGCGUCAGGCCCACAUCCAGCGCAUCAAGGACAAGCGCGCUGCCAAGGAGGAAAAGGCCCGCUACGAGAAGAUGGCCGAGAAGAUGCAUGCCAAGCGCGUCGAGCGCUUGAAGCGCAGAGAGAAGCGCAACAAGCUUCUCAACUCGUAA